AUGAACAGCGCCGCUACGGUAGCGGUCACCGCGCUGCUGGUCGCCGUCCUGGCCGCAUUGCUCUACUGCCUCAGAACGGUGGUUUCCAGCCGAUUGGGUCUCAAACACAUGUACAGCUACGCACCACUGCUGAGCGACAAGUUCUGCAAUCGCUGCAGCGUUCGGAAAGACGCCGACCAAUGGUCAAGCGGUCCCGGUCGACCCGACUCAUCGGUGAGUAAUUGCAAAUCGACACGACGUGUUACAUAG